AUGCCUCUCAUUAUCGAUACAGCCUUCGAGACAUCGUCUGCUCCGUCCUCAGAGUCGUGGUCCGGCUCUUCGAACACAACACCACCAUCUCCGUCGAGUUCUCGCCCCACUUAUGCCCGGAAGCGCACACAAAGCCGGCCCUUCACGCGCGGUAUAGAUCCGUCUGUACUGAACGGUUGCAUCAUUACGCGCAUUGUCCGCUCUCGGACUCACCCUGCUGUGUCGCUGUAUACUCUCGAUGGACGCUCGUUUCAAGUCCGGGUUGAUGGCUACGAUCCCGUGCAUGCCGGUCUUCCCCGCGAGAUUGAAUGCAACGCUGCGCUCGCGCCGCUAUUCGGCCCAUCGGCACCUAGUACCCCUAUCUCCGCGACCACACCUACCACCGGCUCAUCCCCGACACACUCGAGAUCCAAGUCCGGAGGAUGGAAAGGCAUCGACCAGAGUCAAGGCGUGCGCCUGACGGUGCAAGCUGCACGAUACAUAUCGAUGAAGGACGCCGCCCUCAGCCGAGACGCGGUAGGGCAAGAGCUGCGGUGGAAUGUCGAACACUUGGCGCUGGCGUUCAAGUUCGCUGAGAAGGACGGCUGGCAUUGCUGCUGGGCCAGCAUGGCGGAGCGUGACGCUUCUAGCGGACAGACAGCCUAUCGGACAUUUGACGAUGUCUACGUCGAAGAGAAUUCUCAACAUUUUGUACAAACCUCACAUCGCAAGACUUGA